GAGAGGAGGAGAAGAGAGGGGGAGUGUUGACUCUGACUGGAGGGAGAGGAACCUCAUGCCACUGGAUCAGAGGACUCCGAUGUGCAACAACUACUCCAACUCCUGCCGCCGCUGCCUGUCCUCUUAACUUCUACCAUGGCAUAGCCUCCUCUUCCAGCUCGCCUGUAAUCCACAAGGACACGGGCAUGCAUGGGCAGAACCAGGGAUCUAGGCUAACGCAUCCUUUACGUCAGUGAUUCACAGUCUGAGGAAACAUGGUGAGCAAGGAGAGUGGCAAAUGCAUGCUCACCAACUCAGAGUCUGACUCGGAGGCAGCGCCCUCGACCUCCCUGGCACUGGAGGUGAAGUAUUCUCUGGAGGCCAGUCGACAGGUGAGGAAGAGGAACAAGGCCCUGCAAGUGCGUUUCAAGGAUAUUUGUGAGGCACAGAACGAGCAGCGGGAGGCGGAGUUGCAUGCAGCGGGGAAAGGUGGCAAGCCCAUCUCAUACAAAGUGGCGUACCGCAAAUACAUGACCGUCCCGGCCCGCCGAUCCAUCCCAAACGUCACGAGGAGCACAGGCGUGCAGACGUCACCUGACCUGAAGAAACGCUAUCAGACCUUUCCCUUUGAGCGCAAGAAAGGCCACACCCUUAAACACGUGGCGGCCGUGGAAACUUAUAAAGGUCAGAAUAACGGUUUUGCCAUGGAGGUGAAGCAGUCCAGGGCUGCUGAGCAGGGUUUAGAUGAGGAGGAGGGGGAGGAGGGGGCCAGCGGGGGGAGCGGAGUCCGGAGGACCAGGGCUCUGCUCCAUACUAAUGAGUGCAUUGCCACAGUGGAACAGCACACUGCACCUGAUGGCCUGUGCUCUGACGCUCUGCAGCUCAGUUGCUCUGCAGACACAGACUGCCUUGCAAACACACAGAGAGGAAGAGGAGCCGGAGCACAGAAAGAGUACCAGCUCUGCAGCGUCCCAUCCAAAGCCAGGGCAGGAUUACAACACAGGGAGGCCGAUACAGACCGCUCGGCCAAGAGGCAGCUGCUAAAUCUGGAGGAGGGCUCGUCCCGGACCCUGCCGGUCAGGGCCUCCAAGGUUACCGGCCCCCUCGCCUGGAACUCCCUCACGCAGGUGGAGUGCCUGGACAGUCCGUCUGUGAGGAGCAAGCGGAAGAAAGCCCUGCAGCUCAACGGGCUGCAGAGUCAGACGCUGCCCCGCUCCAGUGCAGGCUGUACAACACAGGCACAGUGCCACACAGGACAGUUAUCAGCCCGGCCUCUACGGGCGAUGGAGGAGCCUCUGACACCCUGCAGAGGUGGGGAGGCUGGUGGGGCACCGCCUGGCCAAACACAGGAGGCCUGCAAGCAAAUAGUGCCUGUGAAUCAGGACGGGGAGGUUAAAGCACAGCUCCAGGCCAUGGAAAAUCUCAUCAGCUCCAGCCAAGAGACCAUCAAAGUGCUGCUGGGGGUCAUCCAGGAGCUGGAGAAGGGGGAGGCCCACAGAGAAGGACUCUCCUAUCGAACCGGACAGGACACGGCCAACUGCGACACAUGCCGGAACAGCGCAUGCAUUAUUUACAGUGUGGAGCUGGACUUCAAGCAGCAGGAGGACAAGCUGCAGCCGCUGAUGAUGAGGCUUUGCCCUUCGGCGGACGGCCACUUCCCCUCUUUGCCUUACCCCCAGGAGGCCUUCACCUCCACCCCGAAACGCAAGUCCAAAGCUGACUCCAAGAAGCACGCUCGCUGGAAACUUUGGUUCCUGUAAGAACACAGGACCGUCUCCUCCCCCACUACUGAUGCACAGGAUUUAUGCGUCUGUCUACUCAUCCAUAUUCGUUUGGUUUAACCAUAGGCUUCAGUUUUGUUAUCAAAUCUCUUUUGGUACACCUGGUGUUAAUGGAGAGCUCCACCACUGGAUACUGAGCCCCUUCUUGCAGAGGACAGGAUGUGUACUGGGACACAUGUGCGGAUUCCAUGGAAAAUUCAAAAACGUCAUGCUUACCAAAAAUUGAUGCAGAGUUAUUUUUGAACUAAUUUCUUCAAACAGGGUGUGAAAUUACACCAAGGGAAUGUUUUCGCAGAUCAACAAGGUGAGAAGACAAAUUCGACUUCCCUCUGUCUAUUUGCAUAUAUUUUUCUAGCUGACGUCCACAGGGUUCUAUUCUAGGAUUAGUCAGUGAGCAUCACAUUUCUAUUCACCAGUUGGGACUGUCUUUUUUUCCCCCUGCCUCCAGGAGAGGUCGGCCCUUCAGCCGCCACGCUCUGAGGUCUACAGCAACAGCAUAUCGCCGUACUGCAAAGCACAAUUAACACUGUUCAGGAUACAUUUUCUGCAGAGUAAAUAAAAAGAACUAUUUUGAGUAAUAACUCACAUGUAGAUCAUCUACUAAGACUUUCAUCACAUCUAAAGAAGAGACCUUAAGGACAAAGAAGUCAGAGAUGUUUAUUCAAUCUCUUUGAUCCACUUUCUAUCCAUCUCUAAUAUGUCUCCUUGAAUCCACUGACUUUGAAGUAAAGAAUGAAUAAAUAACAGUUAUUUUCUUAAAAACAUUUGCAAAGUUAGACAUCAAUGUACUUUUUUUCUAUAUAAAUAUAUAUCUAUACACAUUCAUUUUAAGGUUUAGUGGAAUAUAUUUAUUUGAGCUGGUGUGAAGGGGGCUGUGCAAAACUA